GCUUCUCAAAUUGAUAAGCAUCUGAAGAAUAGAAAGCACAUAUUAGAAGAAGAAGAAGAAGAAGAAGAACAUGUAUCAUCCGUCCAGAGGUGGUGUUCGGGGUGGCCGAGAUCAGUUCAGCUGGGAUGAAGUGAAAGUUGAUAAACAUCGCGAGAAUUAUCUAGGUCACAGUAUCAAGGCCCCUGUAGGAAGAUGGCAGAAAGGGAAAGAUCUUCACUGGUACACCCGUGAUAAAAAUUCCGAGGCUGCAGAUAAGGAAGCCAUGAAAGAAGAAAUACGAAGAAUUAAGGAGGAAGAGGAGCAGGCCAUGAGGGAGGCGUUAGGCUUGGCUCCCAAGCGCGCUACACGAGUUCAAGGCAAUCGCUUAGAUAAGCAUGAAUUUUCUGAACUUGUUAAACGAGGCUCUACUGCUGAAGAUUUGGGAGCGGGGCAUGCUGAAGCAGCUAGGGUCCAUGGUCUUGGGUUUUCAAGAGAACCUCGUGCUUGGGAAGAGUCAAGUCUGCCAAAUGGUUUGCAAGCCAUACCGCUUGAGAAUGUGGACGUGUCCAUGCCUAGCGCCCCUGCCAGGAGUGAUGAAGAUGACUCAGGGGAUGAAAAUCGCAGGAAGAAAAGGAGGCACGAAGAAAAUAAACGUGAGAAGCAUGACAGGCGAGGAAAACAACAUUCUCAUUCUCGCAAUUCUGAUGAGAAGAAGAAACGGAAAAAGGACAAGGAAAAGAGAAGACAUGAUUCUGACUAAAAUGGACAGCAUUUGUGUAGAUGUAUCAUGAUUUUAAAUGCGUUAGCACUGAUUGUCUAUUCAUUCGGGAAGUGGAAUUUACAUUCUGAAUGCAUCUUUUGAAUUUUGUGGAAUACUAAAAGCUUUAGAUCUUAUGUUUGGAGCUUUUGGACUUUUUUUUCCCCCUUUCCUGGGUGGUGUUAUGGAAGCUUUACAACCCACUAUAUUGAAACUA